AUGACAAUAAUAAUUCCGUUGGGCAGUCCAGGUCAUGACAAGUUAUUCAAAGUGCUCCCACUUUUAGAUGGCAUUAGGCAGCAACUUUUACUAGUUCCCAAAGAGGAAUAUCUGGCAGUUGAUGAACAGAUAAUCCCUACGAAAGUUCGUCAUGACCUGAAACAAUACAACCCAGCAAAGCCUCAUAAAUGGGGAUAUAAGAAUCAAGUUCUUAGUGCAGUUUCAGGAUUUAGUUACGAUUUUGAUAUUUUUGCUGGUGAUCAAAGUAACACACGACCUGUAGGUGCACCAGACUUGGGUGUUAGUGGCAAUGUUGUAACUCGUCUUACUGAAACAGUACCAAGACAUGUUAAUCAUAAGAUCUUUUUUGAUAAUUGGUUCAAUAGCCCUAAGCUCCAGGUACAUCUUACAAAGAUCGGACUUUUGCCUUUAGGUACAGUGCGCCUGAACAGAGUUCCUAAUAUAGAUAUGCCGCUAGAAAAGGAGCUGACAAAAAAGGAACGUGGAUUUUUCAUUGAAUAG